CUGAGGGGAGUCUCCCGGCGGUUGAGAGCGGCGGCGGGGCCAUGUCGGCGCUGGAGUGGUUCGCCCACAAGGCGCUGGGCGACGGCAUCUUCUGGAUCCAAGAGCGCUUCUACGAAUCGGGCAACCGGGCCAACAUCUGGCUGGUGCGGGGCUCGCAGCGGGACGUGGUGAUCGACGCUGGGCUGGGGCUGCGCAGCCUCCCCGAAUACCUGCGGGCCGCCGGCCUCCUACCGCCGGCCGAAGGGCCCUCUCCGCGGCCGCUGCUGGCCGUGGCCACCCACGUUCACUUCGACCACUCGGGAGGGCUGCAGCACUUCGAGGAGGUGGCGGUGCACAGCGCCGAGGCGGCGGCCCUGCUGCGCGGAGACAACUACGAGGCCGUCACCUGGCUGUGGGAGCGGGAGGUGGCGCGGCCGCCCCGGCCCGGCUGGCGGGCCCGGCAGUUCCGCGUCCCCCCGGUCCGGCCCACCCGCCUGCUGCAGGAGGGGGAUGUGAUCAGCCUUGGAGACCGACAGCUUACCGUCAUGCACAUGCCUGGUCACUCAAGGGGCAGUAUUUGCUUACACGACAAAGACCGGAAGAUUUUGUUCAGCGGAGACGUGGUGUACGACGGGUCCAUGAUUGACUGGCUUCCCUACAGCAGAGUGAGUGACUACGUCGCCAGCUGCCAGCGCCUCAUGGAGUUGGUGGACAGAGGCCUCGUGGAGAAGGUACUGCCGGGCCACUUCAACAUCUUUGGGGCAGAAAGGCUGUAUCGCUUAGCUUCCAACUACAUCGCGCAAGCUGGGGUUUGUCACAAGGUUUCCACCUGUGCCAUGAGAUCCCUUGCAAGCAUAGCACUUCGCAUUACCAAUUCCAGAGUCACCUCCUCGUGACUGCCUUUUGUGCCAUCUAUUCCCCGCUGAAAACCCAAAUGGCUUGUGAAAGGGUUGAUAGAAGCAGUAUGCAUUAGUAAAGAGCUGGCAAAUUGAUACCGAUGAGCUGCAAAAAUUCCCCCUAUUUUGCCUACUGUAUUUCUAUUUUUAUAAAAAGUGUGCAAGCUAGCCAAAGCUACCGUUUUUCUUUCUAUUUUUUCAGGGCAUGUUUGCACAUGUAUUGUGAUUGAAAUAGGUUGGGUUUUUUUUUGUUAUGGUUCCGACAGAUGCAUAUAUGCCAAAAUGAGAGGUUUUACAUUCAUGCCUGAAACCUUGUUGAUGUAGCACUAGGUUUGCGACCAUUCACUCAACUCCUGCUCGGGUUUUUGCCUAAAACCCUAAGACAGCUCGUGGUGAGACCUGCUGUGUGCUGGGUCUGCCACCGUUAGGUCAAAGCAAGAGCAACACCUACACAGGACUCAGCGGGCAGAAUGUCACCGUUGUCCACCUGCCACUCAGUGUCUUCUGCACCCAUCAUCAUCCCCUGUGUCUUUGCCAAGUAGCUGUCUGGGAGUUCCUUUAGAAUCCACUAACAUAUGGAAAUGCUAUAGACCAAACUUCCAAGCUGGAAGGUAUAGAUAUAUCAGCUUACCCAAAAAGUUCUUGAUGCAGAUCCAACAGCAGACGGACUGUUGAGGCUUUUUGUGCUUCUCAGUGGGGUGCAGGGGACACCUGCACUGUGACAGAGGAGCAAGAAAGAGCAUUCUCACCGUCAGCUAGGGAAUGAUUCUGCUUAUAGGCGUGCAAAUUAGGAUUAGAAAUGUGUAAACUAAUGAAUUACUAUGUUAGACUAGUCCAUACAAAGGGGAUUGAGCCUUAGCUUGAUGUGUUUGGUUUUUUUCUGAAGAGGUCAUAAAAGAAACUUUUAUUUACAGAGUACAUUCUGUAAAUCUGAGAGAACUGGGCUGUGACAAGCCUGAAGGUUUUAUUUGUGUUUAAAGAGUAUUUCUCUGUGACUGGAUUGUAACUUGGUUGUUAGUGCUCUGUGGUAAGGGAAAGAUGGAGGCUUUAGUAUUACCUUGCCCUACUGCAGCUGCUGGAUUAAACAGCCAGUACAGUAAUUAUCACAAAGUGAAUGUAACUUGGGCUGUUCACUGUGUGCUUAUGAGAUGCUUGAUGCGUAUGUUUUUUAUGAAAAGUAAAGUGUGUUGCAUUUGACUCUGUUACAAAAAAAGUUGAAUAUGUUGAGAAACGCUAAACGACAUUGUGACUUGCUUAUGAAAAUUGACUGUGUGAUGUUUAAAAGCUGUUGAAAUGGUUAGUGUGUGUGUAAUUAUUAUAACAGUCUGUAUAUACUUAACUUUUUUAAAAGGACACUGUCUUAAUAUUUUUGUAUAUAGACAUAUAUACUUUCCUAAAAAGAGGGCAAAUGUUUUUCCCAAAUUUUAGUGGAGUUUAACCUUAUUUGUUUGGCUUUCACUUUGGAGGGAAGCCUUUUGUUGCCCUCUUAUCAUACCUGUCAGGAAGGGAACCCAAAGUUUGGGCUCUGCCUAAAGCAUGGGGGAGUGGAAUUCUCCUCAAUAGGUAUAAAAACUGGUGAAAAAAACAGUUGCAAAAUAAAAAAAAAAAACAUCUCUGUCUAAAAAUUAUGCAAGAGAAUAUCUUAUGCAAUACUUUCCUUCUUCCACAGAUGUCAUGGUUUAGGCUGGGCUGGCCAUUAACAGAGUGUCCCUCUCCCUUCCCAUAUAAUUAUUUCCUUACCUUUCUUAAAAACUUGUUCUGCUGUGUUACCCCACACAGUGGAUGUUGUCAAUGUAUUGUGGGUGCUCCAGAGCUCCAGCCUUCUCCAGUGCAGCCUGGAUCAGUCCAUGGCAAAUAGCAGGGCCAUGUUUCCACCCCUGGGGCAGUCACUUCCAGGUGCACUGGAUGUCUCUCCAGGUGAAAGUAAUCUGUGGCCUGCACUCUGCUGCUAAAGGAAUAGAGAAAAAGGCAUUAGCGAUGUCAGUUGUGGCUAGUUGAGACUAGGAUGUCUGUUACAGCAGUGCUUAGCAGUGGUGUGACUUUGUUCAGGCCACAAUAGGUUACUGUUAGCCUUCUCUAGGCUAGUCACAAUGGGGUGCUUCUCCUAUUUAUUCCCAGUUAGGUUUUGCUCAUCCUCCAGUACAGUCAGUUCUUGAGAUCCCCCCUUGACACUGGACAAACAGCGAUGGAUUCUUCCCCUCUGUGACUGAAUGGCAAUAAGGUGUCCAAUAAACUUGGUUGUCCCCCUCCUCCUUCUGGCUGGAGGCAGGGCCCCUCGGAUACUCAGCAUAGUACCCACAAUUAACAGAUGGCUUCACUUGGCUUUUGUAGCUAAAUGGGUUUGUUCUUGCACCAGAGAACCGCUCACCAUUGAUCGGAGCAGCCAUCCUCCUGGAAAAACUCGUAUUUGUUUUACUUUGCAGCUCGCAUAUUCAUGCCUAUAAGGCAGUGCUAGAUUUUCCAUCCCACUUCCUCGUGUCCUCCCUGUGCUGGUGGAGGUGAAACCACAGGGUACCUCGUGGCAUGUUUGUCUCUCUUGAGGUGGUCUCAUAGGAGGGUUUUUCUGACAGCUGCAAACGUGGGUCCAUGCAGGGGACAAGUGGGAUCUUGUCUCCAUCCUGGACAGUUUAUCAAACAGUUUUUCAAAUAAUUUCUUGGAUUUCUUAGUCAUUUUCACAGUUAUUUUCUCUGCAGCCACAACAGUGAAGGGACAAGAGAGAUUCUUUUGCUGCUAUCAUACUCUGUUAGUCACUUCAUGGACAGCUGGCACAUCAUGCAGCACCUACUCCUGCACCAAAAUUUAAUAUGAAACACCGCUCUAACACAUGCAGGAGAAUCGAUAAUAAAAUGAUGUUUUGAUACAAACAAUCAUUUCCAAAAUCCCUAAACUCUAGUCGAGUCAGCUUGGCACAGAAGGGAGAAGUUACUCUUCCCAAGGUAAAACUGAAAGUGUAGUUAGUAACAAAAUCCAUUAGGCAGUGCCCAAGGCGUGCAGGCAAAGUUGCUGCCCAGCUUAUCCCAGAAUAAACCGCAAUUGUCACGUUUCGCCCAGCGCUCAGGAACAAACCACCAAAAAUAAACACAAAGAAACAAAUGAACAUUAACACAGCACAACCAGCAGGUUAGGCAGCGUCUCAUCAACUAAAUUUAAACAAAACUGUGUUAGGACUUGAUGUAAUACCUCACCAAGAACGACAUGAUGUGAGCUGUCUGAUUUCCAACACCUCAAGACUCUUGAAGGGAAAAAUGCGAUAUCCUCUCAACUGAGCAAGCUGGAAUUCAAACAAUUUGUCAGAGCCCUGGUCGUGCCCCACGGUGGGUGCGAGUUAAUCUGUCAAGGUUUAGGCUGGGGUGGCCAACAAACAAACAGCAGUGUCCCUCUCCCUUCCCAGAAGGGAAGGGAAAAUAAGAGAGACUUAUGGGUUGGGAAAAAUACCUAAAACAGCUUUAAUGAAAUAUUGUCAAUAAAAAGAAAAGAUAAAAAUAUUUAUAAUAAUAAGAAAACAGUAAAUAUAAAAAUAUAAGAAAAUAAUGAAAUAUAUACAAAUAUAUACAAAACCAAUAUCUAGCUCCCAGGAUGAUGAUCACAUCACCAGCAGGCACUGGGAAAAUCCCAGCUUGGACUCAGCAGCAGAUGGGAACUGGAUUCAGGAACACACGGAUGAGAGCAAAGGCAGAAGAAUGGACAGAGUCCUCCUCAAACAUCAGCCACUGAAGAAAGAAGCUGACCCCUUUGAUCCCUCAGCUUUUAUCCCAUGAUGGAGAUGGGAUGUAAUACCCUGCUGGUCAGCAAAGAUGUACAGAAGGCUGGCCCAGGAAGCAAAAGAUCUGUUUAGUAGAAGAGGCCCAGAACAAACUCCACAGUGCAGAUUUCCUUUUCAGCCUGCUGACAUUUGCUGCUGUUUACCUAGCAGUCCAAACGCUGUUCUUGAUAGCCAAGGGUUCACAAUGAGCAAUCACAGACAUUAGGUGGCAAGUGGGAAAGUCAGAAUGGCUGAAGAAAUACCUAGCACUGAAGCUUACAGCAGUUACCUGGAUGUAGCCCUAGUAUCACAGAUAGCCCCACAGUAAUUGAAUUCCUUCAAAUUAGCCAUCUGUGGUGUAAUACCAGCAGUAAUCCUGCUCUGUGCUUUUGUGAAGGCUCUAGGAGCACUGGUGAUAACCCCGUGCAGCCACACGGACAGAGAGACCUCUUCUGUCACAAAGCCUGCCAAAAGGUACACCAGUCACUAAAAUUUUGGAAAUGUUUAUUAGAGGAGUGAGAUCACGUUGAAUUAGCAGUUUGUGUUAUACCGCUAUUGGUUUGCUUUUUGAUCCAAUAUUAGAAGUCCUGUAACCAGAUUUUGUUAUAUAAUAAAACCUGAGCUCCUAAGAGAAGGCUCACAGGAAUGCCUAUUCAAAAUGAAAGAUAUUCUCCCAUCACUUGUUUUUAAAUCUGUGCUCAGCUGCAAGAUCCUUAAAUGUCCAUAUCACUGUCAAAAUGCCCUGUUAAACCAUGCUUCAGUCCAUAAAAUACAUGUAGAUAACAGCAAUUGCCUGUUUUUUUUCUUCCUUGACCAAAAUCUAGGGAAUAAUUUCCUAGCUCAGAAGUGAGCUUUACAUGAACAUAGCCCAAAAUGGGAUGUGUUAGUGAACUGCUGCUAUAAUCUAAUUGAAAGUAGUUUUUAAGGGUCUUGAAAUAUUUUUGUAUUUUAAGAAAUUCACUACUAGGUAAGUUAUAUGUCUUAAGUAUAAACAACAGGCCCUGACUAUUUUUGUUAAGAAUUACCAAGUUUUAGUCAUAAGAGAAUGACAGUGUCCCUUUAACACUGCUUGGAUUAAAUAUUUAAAGCAUACAUUGUGAGUUUACAUAUUGCAACAUCUUGGGGAUCUAGAACUGUGUUUAUUUAUUUGUAAAAUUUAAAUAUAUGUUAAUGCAGUUUUUGGUAGACUGGGGAAUUAACAAAAAAAUCAAAUGAGAAUGUUUUGAUAUGUAAUUUGUCAAGAUAUUUGUGAUGUUAACAGUUUAGACAUUAAAAAAAACCACAGAUAACCAUAAUAAAAAAAACCAAAAACGUUAUAA